UUGAAGAUGAGCAGCAUCGUUAGCCUCUCGAAAGCAAUGAAGGAAUGAGAAAUUGGAACCGUCUGCAAUCCUUGUGUUGGGCUCAGUGAGAUGUUUAAAGGUUGGAGAAGAUGCCCGAAGUCGAAGGAGAGAGAUUGAUGCUAGAGAAUCCGAUUCAAUUUCAACAUCUUCGUAACCAAGCACCAAUAACCAUUGUACAACAACAAAAACGGCUGAGAGUUUUGCCUCAAGGACAGACUUAGCUGCAAGGGGAAAAGAGCUACCAAACAAAAAAUUCCCAUUUGUGUUUCUCAAAAUAGCCCUACCGGAAGAAGAGUGACGAUUGAAAGCUGCGUCAACGUUCGGGAUCUUGAACUCUUGAAGUUAAUGGCGACGCAUGGUCACGCUGGAAGCGGCAGGUCGAACGUCCGGCAAGAGAAGCUUGACAAAGAGUGUGAGCUCAGGAUAGAAGUCAGUGCCGACACACCUCUCCGGCUUCGCGUCCUUAACGGCACUGCCGAAAUCUUCGGCACCGAACUGCCCCCUGAAAUUUGGAUCACCUUCCCGCCUCGCCUUAAAUUCGCCGUAUUUACUUGGUAUGGGGCCACAAUUGAGAUGGAUGGGCCAACUGAAAACGAGUAUACAUCUGAUGAGACUCCUAUGAUCAGUUAUGUAAAUGUACAUGCUGUACUUGAUGCACGGCGGGAACGUGCAAAAGCUUCACCAAAUGACUCUGGUACUUACCAGGGGCCUAGAGUUAUCGUUGUGGGACCCUCAGAUUCUGGCAAGAGUACCUUAGCACGGAUGCUUCUUAGUUGGGCUGCUAAACUGGGGUGGAAACCGACCUUUGUGGAUUUGGACGUAGGCCAAGGUUUUAUAACUGUACCAGGUUGUAUUGCUGCUACUCCAAUUGAAUUGCCCAUUGAUCCAGUAGAUGGAAUCCCUCUUGAAAUGCCACUAGUCUACUUCUAUGGCCAUGUUAGUCCAAGUGUGAAUGUUGAUCUUUACAAGGUAAUCGUAAAGGAACUAGCUAAAACUUUGGAAAAGCAGUUUGAUGGAAAUACGGAAUCUCAAUCUGCUGGAAUGGUUAUCAAUACCAUGGGUUGGAUAGAAGGGGUUGGUUACGAGUUGCUACUUCAUGCAAUUGAUACCUUCAAUGCCACUGUUGUCCUUGUCUUGGGUCAGGAGAAACUGUGGAGUAUGCUCAAUAACGUGUUGAAAAACAAGCCUAAUGUUGAUGUAGUGAAACUUCAAAGAUCUGGUGGUGUUGUGUCUAGGAAUGCUAAAGUACGUCUAAAGACCAGAGCCAAUAGAAUAAGGGAGUACUUUUAUGGUCAAUCAAAUGAUCUUUCUCCGUACUCCAAUAUAUCAAGUUUCGGUGACCUGUCAAUAUUCCGAAUUGGAGGCGGCCCACAAGCCCCGCGUUCAGCUCUACCGAUUGGUGCAGAGCCAGCUGCAGAUCCAGCAAGAUUAGUUCCUGUCAACAUCAACAGAGACUUGUUGCAUUUAGUUCUUGCUGUCUCAUAUGCCAAAGAACCUGAUCAGAUUAUUUCCAGUAAUGUUGCUGGGUUCAUCUAUAUCACUGAGGUUGACAUGAAAAGGAAGCAAUUAACAUAUCUUGCACCAUGUGCCGGAGAACUUCCUAGCAAAAAUCUUAUAGUGGGGACGUUGGCUUGGAUGGAGAAUUGAGAUACCGCAUAGCAUGAUCAUCUUGGCAAUUUCAUGCUGUUUUUUAGCUUCGAGA